GUAAUAUAUGCGCAUGUGCACAUUAUUAAACGAAAACGUGGUAGCUGUUUCUUCUGCGGAUUUCUGUGCUUUCUUGUAUAAAAUAGUCAUAAUAUAUUUUUCAAUAGUUUUUAUUACUAUAUUAUUCGUUUUUUGAAUUUAGUUAUCUACAAAGGUGUUUAUAAUAUGCUUCAUAAGGGUCCAUGUCCAUUAGUUUUAUGUGGUCCUUCAGGAAGUGGAAAAAGUACAUUAAUAAAAAAGCUUUUUGAAGAAUUUCCAGACACUUUUGGUUAUUCUAUAUCUCAUACCACUAGAGCCCCUAGACCAGGUGAGGAAGAUGGGAAACAUUAUCAUUUUACUACUAAAGAAAAAAUGCAAAAACAGAUAGAACAAGAUGAAUUUAUCGAAACUGCUAUAUUUAGUGGAAAUAUGUAUGGCACUAGUAAACGUGCAGUAGAAGAAGUACAGCAAAUGGGUAAAAUUUGUGUAUUAGAUAUUGAAAUACAAGGAGUAGAGCAAAUAAAACGAAGUUCUUUAGAUCCCUUGUAUAUAUUUAUUAAACCACCAUCUAUAGAAGAGUUAGAGAAAAGAUUAAGAGCUAGAAAAACAGAAACAGAAGAUGUUUUGAAACAAAGAUUGUCUAUUGCUAAAAUAGAAAUGGAAUAUGGUGAAAAACCUGGUAAUUUUGACAUAGUGAUUGAAAAUGAUAAUUUUUCAAAGGCAUAUAAUAUAUUAAAAGAAUUUGUGAUGUCAAAUUUGAAGCAAGGAUAAACAGGAUAUUAAAUUUAUGCUUCUUAAAAAUAUACUCUUCUUUGAAAUUAAAUUAUAAUUAUUUUUAUAUAUAUAUUUCUAUGUAAAUUAUAAUAAUAAUAAUUAAUUAAUACGUGAUAAAAUACAUAAACUCAUGUUCAAAGAUCAAAUUAGUAGAUUGAAAAAUAAAUGUAGGUAAAUAAUUUUAUACAAUAAUAAAUUGAUUUUAAUAUUGAAAGAGUAAUUAUAGCAGGAAGCUUCAAGUUUGUUAUAUGCAUAGUAUUAAUGUAAAAUUAAUAUCAUUUAAUUUUAAAAAUAUAAUAUCAUUAAAUUUUAAGAAUAAAAAUUUAUAGCUGGGAAUAAAACUACAAAUAAGGAAAUAAGGACAAAAUGUUUAUAUAAUUUCUUUGAACUUGGUAAUUAAAAAAAAUAAUUGUAUAUAAUAUAAUAGUUAUCAAUUAAGUUAUUUUUAUAAUUUGUUUGCAAUUAUACAUACAUAUAUAUAUGUAUGUAUAUAUAUGUUUUAUAUGAUUAAUAAAUUUGUAUUACAGUAUUUACUUAUAACAAUUAGUUUUUAAGAUUAUAUCAAAUCAGUGGAAAAAUUUUUGUUAUUUUAAUAUUCUAGUGUAACAUUCCUCAACCUUUAAAUAAUUCAAUAUAUUAAUUUGUAAUUGUACCAUGAUUCAAAUAUUUAUAUGAAAUUAUAUAUUAUAUAUUUACAUGAAAUUUUUAAGAAGUUAAAAAUUUUUUUAAUUGAAAUCAUUGUUUAUAUAAAUAAAUAAAAUUAUGAUAUAUAUAUAUCUUAUAUUGCUUGUAUAUGUUAUUAUAAGUAAUUUUUCAGUGAAUUGUAAUUUAUUAAAAAUUCGUCACAAUAUUAGAUCGAUUUAUAGGUUGAGAAACGUUGCUCUAGUGAAUAUAGAAAAAUAUAAAAUAAUUUUAGAUUAAUGAUAUCUUGCCAAAUGUAUACAAAGGAUAGUCAAUUUACAUAAAGACUUUAAUGCAGGCUAGAUAUCUAGAAAGAAAUUUGCAAAAAUUAAAUAUAAUAUUUUAGAUGUAGUUAACUGAGACUAUUCACCAGACGAAGUUGUGUUCCAAUAGUGUAGAUUACUUAUAAAAUACUUGUGGUUUUUGUCCUCGUCAAACAUCGUAUAAUUAUUGCACCAUGCAAGAUUCAUUACACAUAAUUACAUAUAAUUCAAUUAUACUUAAAUAUAUCAUAUUAUUAUUUUAGUAGAUAGAAAAGGCAUUUGUCCAAACAUUCCUUUAGCAUUCGUCAUCAAUUAACAUAUUUGACAUGUUUUUUAUUUGAAAACAUUCUUGAAAAAUAUUUGAAAUAAAUAUAUUUUCAUAUUAAUCGAUAUUAUUAAAAUCAUACCAUGAUCAUUGUCAUUUUCAUUUUCAUAUAUGUUACGUGUUUUUGCAUCAUCAAUUUAUUUAUUCGUCAAAUAUUAACAAGUUGUUGCUUCCAUGCGCAUCGCG